AUGGCGCUCUCUACAAUUGGCAAGACGGCUGCCGCCUUGACAAUUUUUAUAGGGACGCUGUCCACGGUAUUCUAUAGACCCCUCGUAACUAAGAUAGAUACUGUCCACAAUCUGCCGCGAGCAUGGCAUCCGUUUGAGGGGGGGUCCGCUGACAUCCGCUUCGCGGAUACCAUCAAAUACUCGGAGGAUAUCGUCAUCGACCAUGAUCAUGGCCUCGCGAUAAUAAGCUUUGACCCCUCUAGAUCAGAAUGGAAUACUGUCAUGGGAAUCUUCAAGAACCCGGACCCGAGGGGGAGCCUAUAUGUCUACGACUAUGCGGCAGCAGGCACCAUCAAGGAACUAGAACUUACAGGCUUUCCUGAUAAUAUCGAUUUCCACCCUCUUGGGAUUAACUUCUUCCGCAGCUCCCCAAAAUCCAAGACAAGGCUGUUUGUUGCCAAUCAUCAGCGAACUGGGAGUACCGUGGCGGUAUUCGACGUCGACUAUGACUUAUCUCAAGCGAAGUAUGUUACAACAAUAUCUGAUAACGACCAGGCUAUCCUAUCGCCAAAUUCUAUCGCACCUGUCUCCUACACACAAUUCUACGUCACGAACGACCAUCGCUAUAUGGCGAGAACCAGACCUUUCUGGAACAAAAUCGAAACAUCCUUCUCGAUGCCAUGGAGCUGGGUUGCCUUUGUGGACUUUUCCUCACCUGAAGAUCUCAAGUGCGUAAUCGUAGCCAGUAACAUCGCGUUUACGAACGGGAUCAUCGUAACGCCAACUGGGAAAGAGGUCAUCGUGGCUUCUUCAGGGAGCGAUGCAGUUUACGUUUAUGAACGAGACCCCCAAUCCAAUUUGUUAUCUAGCAGCCGUGAAACCAUUCCCCUGAGUUUCCAUCCUGAUAAUGUCAAUUUCGACCACUCCUUGGACAUUUCUGACCCCACCGUGUUCGACACGGAGGGGAGAUUCCUUCGUGGGGUGACAGUCGGCGGUCAUCCAUCCUUAAUUAAACUGAUGCGAAUGAUCAAUAGCCCUGAGAAGCUUAAUGCGCCAUCAUGGGUUGCUGAGGUACGACGGGGUACGGGACUUGACCCAGCUCCAUGUCCAGCAGCGCCGCCACAGCCAAAGUUUUACACAAGAACUUUGUAUCAAAGUAAUGGAGAGCAUUUUCCAAGUAGCACUACAGGGGCCAUGGACUCGAAACGAGGCCAUCUCCUGAUCUCCGCUCUUUAUGGAAAGGGACAUCCCUCUCCGCCAUUCGACACCGGAAUCUGCCGGUUAUUAGCCUUGGGGGUUUACAUUCCGAGGGAUAUAUCUCUUUACGGGCAUUGUCAAGAUACUCGCAAGAAGGUUGAUCCCCAGGAGAGGAAGAGGGAGGCUCAUUCCAGGCUUGAUACAUCCAUGGACAAGUGGAUAGACCAUAGUAAUGCCCUUUAUAUGCUGUGGUGUCUUAAAUUGCCGACUAAUCCAAUGUCUUUUGACUCACAUCAUGAACACAGUAGCCGCUAUUCUUCUCUUCACUUGUUUGCUUCUUCUUCAGUUAUUGUUCAUUUUUGUUUCUGUGUUAUACAUGCAUCCCUGAACUAUUCAAAGAAAAAGCUGCCCUUUUCACAAUAUUUGCACAUCCUGACAUCUUAUAUCACAAGCAAGUCAACAAUUAUGAUGGCUGACCAAAUUGAAGCCAUAAAACCGACAGGUCUACCUGAGGAAGCUGCUCUCAGCCAGGGUGUUGAUGAGAACGGACGUUUUUUCCCGCCAUGGAAUCGCCCUGAACAUGGAGAGCCUUAUCUCCCCGCGCCAGCUAAGUUUGCCCUGGCUCUAAACGAAGUAGGACGCGCACUUGGGAUGGGUAUAUGCACUUAUAUUCUUGCUUCUGUACCGUUCAUGCCAUUCUGCAUUCCUGAAGUCUACUUUACCGCCUACGAAUGGACCGAGAAGGACAAACGAAACUGGGACAGGGCCUCUUACCAACGAAAGCUAAGUCUCGUAUCCCAAGUAAGGCGUGAGGACCAUGCCAUUCCGAUCCGUCUCCUGACUUAUGGCUGUCCACAAGAUCUUCUGUCGUUUGAGAAAGAGGGUGCUCGCCUGUCUGGAGCUAUCAUCACAUAUGAUAGCCGCAUGUUUGUGGGCUGGUAUCGCGAAUAUGCCUCCCGUCGCAACGGCGACAGAAUGAAAAUUUCCGUGAAUCUCCUACAACAUCAGGCCUGGUUUAAUUCGAUGCACUGUCAGGACAAUUUCGCGGUCGUGCAACGCCUGCUUCGGAUGUGGAACCAUCCAGUUUACUACGGCGUCCAAGUUAUCGGAAACGUGCUGGGAAAACUCGAUGACUUGAAACAGCGUUUUAUGGAAGCUGAAUCCAACGCCCUAGCGCUAGAAUCAAAACGUGACAGGGAUUUACCUGAUUACGAAAUCGAUCACCUUGAUCUGCGCCUCCUAGCGGGCAUUGCUCUCCACGACUACGAUGCCGAGUACACUGAAGGCUGCUGUUAA